UUUUGGAAUAACGACUAUUGAUAAUAUGCAUAAUGAGCUAGGUUUGUGGGUGCACAAUGUGUUUUCUGUAUUUUACCUCUUCUUGACUGUAUACAGCAUGAGAAGGCACACGUGGAAAAUGCACGACAGAGAUGACGAACGGGCGAACUCUACAUUGAUGGUGACUGGAAUCCCCAAAGAUGCAGAAGCAGUGGAGAUAAAGCAUCACUUUGAGCAGGCAUAUGAAUACUGUCAUGUGGAAGAUAUACGUAUCUGUUAUGACUUCUCAAAACUUUUGGAGCUGUUUAAUAAACGGAAGAGGGCGGAGAGCCAAAAAAACCACUACCUUAAACUGCAGGCUCAGGGCACCACUGCAAUGAUGACUCCAAAGUUUUGUAGGCAUUUCUGGUGUUUCAAAUGUUACAAGCAGGAAGAGGCAGUCGAGUAUUACGCCAAGCUGGAGGAAUCAUUAUCGCAGAUCUUCAUGGAGGAGAAAGCGAAAAUUCAGAAGAAACAUUUACAAAUGGUCUUUGUCACUUUUCAGAACGAGGACAUAGCUGAAAGAAUCUUAAGGGACUUCAACAUGUGCAUAUAUCGUGGCUGUCACUGUCGUCAAGAAUCCAAGACCUCAUCGAUGAGCGUCAAGCUUAAGACAGAUAAGUGGACUGUCAGCUCUGCACCCGAUCCACAUAAUGUCCUCUGGAACCAUCUGGCAGUGGGCGGGAUCUUGUGGUGGCUACGCUUUUUUGUCAUCAAUUUUCUACUCAUCCUCCUCCUCUUUUUUUUUACAACUCCGACCAUCAUAAUAGCCACUUUGGAUGACUUCAAUCUUACUGACACAUUGGAAACCCUAAACAAUCCACUGGUUACUCAGUUUUUACCCACCUUCCUCCUGUGGUUGUUCUCCACCUUGCUCCCUACCAUCGUCUACUACUCAUCUAGUUUAGAGUCCCACUGGACUCGGUCAACAGAAAACCAAGUGACAAUGCAUAAGUGCUAUAUUUUUCAUACCAUAAUGGUCCUGCUACUGCCCUCCCUAGGCAUUGGCAAUUUGGAGUUUUUUUUCAAAUGGAUUGUUGAAGCUAAGUUCCUGGCUGAUGCGACACGUCAAUUUGCGUUGACGCACAACAGCGACGCGAAAGGGACGAAGAAACUGCAGUUGAAGAUCAGAACACAAACUUUUAUUCUCUCUUCCAGUUGGGCUAAAUCAGGCCAUGCUUCAGUGUAAUUGUACAUAUUUUUUUAAAGUCAUAGUUUUGUUCAAUGUCAAAAUAUAGGUAAU